GUAGUUUUUUUUUAGAACGUAUACUAUACUGUAGUAGACCGGUUGUUUUCUUGUGAACCCACGGUCCGCCGGUUUCCGUCCCCUAUUCUCUGCUACACGCCGCACUUCCGGCGCCGGCGAUUGCAGCCGCCGCACCGGGAGCCCGUAAGUGAUUACUCUGCCUCGACGGAUGGAUCGCAUCAAGAAGACGAGCAGCCCGGCCGCGGACCUCACCGACGACCUCAUCGUGGAGAUCCUCUCGCGUCUGCCGGCCAAAUCGAUCUGCCGUUUCAAGUGCGUCUCCCCGCACUGGCGCCGCCUCAUCACCGACCGCGCAAACCGCAGGAAGCUCCCCCAAACCCUAUCGGGCUUCUUCCGCUACGCCGUCGGGCCCGACGGCGACGGCAAAGCUAUAUCAGCUCCUUAUUUCAACAGUAUAAUCUCUGGGUUGGGGGAGGAAGAGAGACAUGUUCAUGACCCCUCAUUGUCCUUCUUGCCCGGCUACUAUAGGAGCAUUAUUCCGAAAGACUGCUGCAAUGGCCUCCUCCUGUGCAUCUGUUGGAAGGAUUCUCCCUCGAAUGAGUUCCACUAUGUGGUGUGCAAUCCUGCUACCGAGAAAUGGCUGAUCUUGCCACAGUCUGACCAGGACAGCCAAAUGUUCGUCAUUCGUGUGGGUUUUGAUCCCGCCGUCUCCCCUCAUUUCCACGUGUUUUCCGUUCUCCGAGAUCAGAACAGGUUUAUCACUGGAGUAGAUGUGUACUCGUCCGAAGCACAAGCUUGGAGUUACAAGGAAAGUGGCUGGGCCUAUGGUAUUAUGGUGUAUGAACCAAGUGUCUUUCUCAAUGGCAUGAUGCAUUUCAUCUCCUGUGCAUCGACGAUAGUUGCAUUGGACACAGAGGGCAAGUCAUGGAAGACUAUUCCCCUGUUGGAAACCAUGGGUUACAAAUGCUCUUUUGCCAGGAGUUGUGCUUUUAUUGGCAAGUCUCAGGGUCACUUGCAUUAUCUAAAUGUUAAGGGAACAGAUGCGUCACUAUCAGUCUGGAUUCUUAAUAACUCUUGCGGUGAUGAAUGGCUCUUCAAGUACAACAUUAGCAGUUCCCAGCUUUCUGGAUCAAAGGAUGUUAUGAAUACAUGGGACUAUACUGUGGUUGCAAUCCAUCCAGAAUGCAGCUUGAUUUUCUAUGUUUUGAAUGGUGAGAUUAUGCUAGUGUCAUAUGACAUAGAUCAUGGGGAAGUUCACAUUAUCCACAAACUCAAAGAACCUUUCUACGGGUCACGUAAUCCAUACAUUCCAUAUAUCCCCUUGUUCAGAGAGUCAGAGUCAUUGUCUGAUCAUGAGUAGAUAUGCUUCUCCCAGGGUAAAUGCCAAUAUCUGUUUCUUGAGGUGACACUGAUGCCUUUCCAAUUCUUGGAUCUUGAGCUGUGACAAAAUUAAACCAUGGAGCAGCAACUUAGGUAUUUCAUUUCGUGAUACUUUUGUUUGUGCCUUUGAUGCAUGCCUACUUUUAUUUUGUCAGUAACUUUAAUUAUACCACGGAGAUCCUGUAACUUGACAUUACGUCAUCAAUGACAGUGAUUCAGUUAAUUCAACCUUUUGUGACUAAGUUA